AUGCCUUCUAUCCCAAUUCCUCGACCGAUCAUGAGCUGCAGAAACUCUUUUGAGUCUUCAAGUGGGUUUCGCCGGAAGAUCACACACGGCGGUAACGUUCAAAUUCGCCGGAAAAGCUCAGCUGACGUAAGCGACUUGAGGAGAACGAGGAGUUCUCUGCAAGAAUCAUCAUCGUCGAGGUAUCUUCUAAAGGAUCAUAAGUCUUUUAAAGAAGACGAUAAGGAUCUCUGGUUAUCAUCAUCAGAUCGUUCUAAGGAUUUGGUUAUUUUCCGUGAACGCAACGUCACUUCUUCUUCUUCUUCUUCUUCUUCUUCUUCUUCUUCUUCUUCUUCUUCUUCUUCUUCUUCUUCUUCUUCUUCUUCUUCUUCUUCUUCUUCUUCUUCUUCUUCUUCUUCUUCUUCUUCUUCUUCUUCUUCCUCUUCAUCUUCCUCUUCUUCUGUAACCAACGUUUCAUCGCCAGCUCCAUCCACUGAUGACCAGGUUGUGGUUUUGAGGGUAUCGAUCCAUUGCAAGGGAUGUGAAGGGAAGGUUAAAAAGCAUAUCUCAAAAAUGGAAGGGGUUACGUCAUACACCAUUGAUAUAGCGACAAAGAAGGUGACGGUGGUCGGAAAAGUAACACCUUUGGGAGUAGUAGAAAGCAUCUCCAAGGUCAAAUUUGCUCAGCUUUGGCCUUCCUCUUCUUCUCCUUCAUUUCCUCACAUUCCUAAUCAUUCCCUCCUCAAAUCUUAG